GAUCGCAUAUGCGUGUGACGAGUUAAGUACGAGCAGAGAGAGAGAGAAAGAAAAAAAAUCAGAGGAGAGAAUCUAAUGCCAAAUUAGCUUUCAUUAUCGUCAUCAUUCACAAAUCGGACGGAGCGUGAUCGUUGGUUGUUGGUUGGAUCUGAGUUAUUGUCGCGAACCAGGUGACCACAGAAAUUGUUUACUUCACCAGGUGGCGGGACGGUUUUGUGAAAUGACGCUAUUGUGUCUCGAUCGCAUCGAAGCCAUUUACCAUUCGGAGCUGUUGAGAGGCAGCAGCAGCAACAGCAGCAGUAACCAAUCAUCCGGACCGUAGAUCGGUUCAGUGAUAUGCUGCUUAUCAAGUUACGAGAUCCGAAAGCCGACCGACCGACCGACUGUCCGUACAUUAGCUCUAGUGCUUGGUUAGUUAGUUGUGAGUAACCAUUCGAGGAAAAAACAUCUCAGGAGCAUUCUGAGCGAGCGAAGUGAACUAACAACCAAAAGGAUCUGAUCGACUGUUUCCUGCGAAGAACUGUGAAAUUGAAGAAAGGCUUCCGACACGAUCCAGCAAGAUGGGAUCAAUGUUCCGAAGUGAGGAGAUGGCCUUGUGCCAGAUGUUCAUCCAACCGGAAGCUGCCUACACGUCCGUGUCAGCAUUGGGUGAGAUCGGAGCGGUUCAGUUUCGUGACUUGAACACGGAUGUCAACGCGUUCCAGCGGAAGUUCGUAAGUGAGGUUCGUCGCUGCGAUGAGAUGGAACGGAAACUGCGCUACGUGAAUGCCGAGGUGAAAAAGGAUAACAUCAAGGUGGCGGACAUUUACGAAGACCUACCGCAGGCUCCGAAUCCACGUGAGAUCAUCGAUCUGGAGGCUCAUCUGGAGAAGACGGAGAAUGAAAUCAUGGAACUGUCGCAGAAUGCCGUCAAUCUAAAGUCCAACUACCUGGAGCUGACGGAGCUGAAGAAUGUGCUGGAGCGGACCAAUGGAUUUUUCUUCGAUCAGGAAGUUUCCGCCAACAACCCGGACGCCACCAGAAAUAAUUUGAUAGUCGAUGAUACACCGACCGCUCGAACGGGAAGUCAUCUAGCCUUUGUGGCCGGUGUCAUCCAACGGGAAAAGGUUCCGGGCUUCGAACGGAUGCUGUGGAGAGUUUCCCGUGGAAAUGUUUACUUGCGCCAAGUCGAACUGGAAACUCCCCUCGAAGAUCCGGCCACGGGUACCAACAUUUACAAAACCGUAUUCGCUGCUUUCUUUCAAGGCGAACAGCUGAAAGCUAGAAUUAAGAAAGUAUGCGCCGGCUACCACGCCUCGCUGUAUCCGUGCCCUAGUGCUGCGGAUGAACGGGACGAAAUGGUGAAGGGGGUUCGCAUCCGACUGGAAGAUUUGAACAUGGUUUUGAAUCAAACCCAGGAUCAUCGGUCUCGGGUACUGUCAACGGUUGCGAAGGAACUACCGCGCUGGAGGGUCAUGGUGAAGAAGAUGAAGGCCAUCUACCACACGAUGAAUCUGUUCAACAUGGAUGUGACCAAAAAGUGUCUGAUCGGGGAAUGUUGGGUUUCGGUGUUGGAUCUUCCGCUCGUACAGAAAGCCCUUUCGGAUGGGUCGGCUGUCGUUGGCAGUACCAUUCCUUCAUUUUUGAAUGUCAUCGGAACGAACGAGGCUCCUCCGACGUUCAACCGAACUAACAAAUUUACGAGAGGUUUUCAGAAUUUGAUCGAUGCUUACGGAAUUGCUUCGUACCGCGAGGCAAACCCGGCUCUGUAUACGAUCAUCACUUUUCCGUUUCUGUUCGGUAUUAUGUUUGGUGAUUUGGGUCAUGGAUUGAUUAUGACAUUGUUUGGAUUUUGGAUGGUAAACGGCGAGAAAAAGUUGGGUGCCAAAAAGUCCAACAACGAAAUAUGGAACAUUUUCUUCGGUGGUCGGUACAUCAUCUUCCUGAUGGGUUUGUUUUCCAUGUACAACGGUUUCAUGUACAACGAUGUGUUUUCCAAAUCGAUGAACCUUUUCGGAAGUUCGUGGAGUAUCAAUUAUAAUGUUUCUACGGUGAUGAAAAACAAGGAACUAACUUUGAACCCGAGUUCCGUCGAUUUAGGAACCGAAGUUUACCCGAUCGGAUUGGAUCCCGUUUGGCAGUUGGCCAGCAAUAAAAUCAUUUUCUUAAAUUCAUACAAAAUGAAAUUGUCCAUUAUUUUCGGAGUACUGCACAUGAUAUUUGGAGUCUGUAUGAGCGUAGUUAAUUACAACUUUUUCAAGAGACGAAUCAGCAUCGUGCUGGAAUUUCUACCGCAGAUAAUAUUCCUGGUUCUGCUGUUUGCCUAUAUGGUGUUCAUGAUGUUCCUGAAAUGGGUUCAGUACACUGCCAAAACGGACUUCCAACCGCACACACCCGGAUGCGCUCCGUCGGUUCUGAUCAUGUUCAUCAACAUGAUGCUGUUCAAGAAGGGCCAACCCCUGCACGGUUGUGACGAGUUUAUGUUCCCAAGUCAGUCAUCGCUGCAGCUCACAUUCGUCUGUAUUGCCGUCAUCUGCAUUCCAUGGAUGCUGCUGGGGAAGCCAUUUUACAUCAUGUACACCCGGAAGAACCAGCUGAAGAAACAUACCCAAAAUGGCACCGUAAAUGGAUCACCUGAAACGAAUGACGAAUCAAACAAAUCGGCGGUGCACGGUGACCACGAUGAAGAACCAAUGAGCGAAAUUUUCAUCCACCAAGCGAUUCACACGAUCGAAUAUGUGUUGAGUACCGUGUCGCACACCGCGUCCUAUCUUCGUCUGUGGGCUCUUUCACUUGCCCAUGCUCAACUUUCGGAAGUGCUUUGGAACAUGGUACUUUCGAUUGGACUGAAGCAAGACUCCUACAAGGGUGCAGUCAUGGUUUACUUUGUGUUUGCGGCUUGGGCUUUCUUCACGUUGGCCAUUCUCGUGAUGAUGGAAGGUCUGUCGGCGUUCCUGCACACUUUGCGUCUCCACUGGGUUGAAUUCAUGAGUAAAUUCUACGAAGGAUUGGGAUAUGUUUUUCAACCGUUUUCCUUUAAGAUAAUUCUCGAUAGCGAUGAUGACAUCGAGUAAAUGUUUUUAACUGUUUGUUUGUAAUUGUUCCGAGUGCAUUUGUUCAGUAUUCUACAGUUUUAAAAUUGGUUUUACACGAAAGACACGUAUCACGUUACGUUUCUGAGCUCACUUUCGUAGAUCGCAAAGAUUCACGAAAUGAAUCGAAAUACCUUUUGUUUCUAAACGGUAAUUUUAAAUCCUAAUGUCAUGGUAAUAAUAUUCACUAAAUAAAAGAUAAACACAAUUUCCUGCAUUGCAAUUGUAUAUUCUU